GUAGGCGGGGCGUUCGAGCCCUUGCGGACGUAAGCAGGAGGAAGAAGCUAAUUCUGGUAGCCAUUACGCUGCGCACCUCCAUUAAGUAAAUCCUACUAUUUUUGCGUAUACUACGUACACUUUUUUUAAAAAAAAUUAAUUAAAGAAAAAAAUAAAUAAAACAUUUGCAAUAUAAUGGCAUCUCAAGCAAAAAAGAGAAAAAUGAAUUUUUCUGAAAGGGAGGUGGAGAUUAUACUGGAGGAGAUGGAAAAACAAAAACACAUUCUCGUUAACCACUUCAAUGCCGGGGUGACGCACAUUACCAAAAACAGCGCCUGGGUGGAAAUACUGAAAAGAGUGAACGCCGUGACCACCUGCCAGCGAGAGCUGGCCGAGGUCAAAAAAAAGUGGUCCGAUCUCAAAACCGAAGUCCGGCGCAAAGUAGCCCAGGCGAGGGCGGCUAUGGACGGGACGGGCGAUUGCACUUCGGUCCCGGUGAUCCUAACAUCCACGCAGCAGCGGAUUUGCAAUUUGCUGGGCGAGGCGACGAUCAUCAGCUUACCGGCGGGAGACGGGGGAACCGAGAUCCCGGUAGCGAUGCCACUGAGUUCGCCAACAACCGUAACGAUAACGCAAAACAUUCAGACAUCUUCCUCCUCUGCAGUUUGUGAAGUGCAGAAAACACUAGAAGACGAGACCACGUACCACACGCUGGAGGAGGGGGUCGUGGAAUACUGCACCACGGAGCCCCCCCCCGCCACGGAGCCCCCCAUGGAAGUGCUGACCAGCCCGGGCGAGGGCCCCUUGAAGCCUCAGGAACUCAAGAGCCGCAUCGCGCUCAACUCGGCCAAGCUGCUGCAGGAGCAGAGAGUGACGAACCUGCACGUGCGCGAGAUCGCGCAGCACCUGGAGAACCAGAACGACCUGCUGCAGAUGAUCCGUCGCUCGCAGGAGGCCCAGGCGUGCGCGCAAGAGCGCCAGGCCCAGGCUCUGGAGGGCACGCAGGCCGCCCUCAUCGCCCUCAUCCAGAUGCUGCGCCCCGCGCUCAAAGACUUCCGCAAGUUCCUGCAGAGCAGCACCGGCAACAACUCGAUCGCCAGCCCCCCGGCGCAGAACGAGCAGCCCGCUGAAACCGGACCGCAGGACAGCGGGCAGCCCUAGAGGACCCUGGAGGGUUAACACGGGGAAAAAGUGUGACCGAACAGGUCAAAACAGACACUGAGAAGCGAACGACAGACACUGCACAGUGAAAGCGUGGGGGUACGGAAUGGUUGUAGGGUUGGGGCUCAGUUUCUGCGUUUCAGUUUCCAGUUCUGUUUUAAGCUGUUCCAUCACGUCAUUGAUCAGAAUUUCAGUGAGCACUGUUCCGUUAAGACAAGCUUCUCGCUGUGGAAAAACAAAUGACUUCAAUUGAAGUGUUUCAACCCUUUUUAUUUGCAAGAGACAUUUUUGUGUACAGGAGACUUUUGCAUUAGGAAGUUUGUUUUAUUUGAUUCCCUUUUAUUAUUCCACAACAACAUUCAAAACUACAGGUAGACCACGCUUUAUAUACUGCGUAUUAAAUAUAUAUUUUAAUUUAAACCUGCUUAAAUUCUGUUUUGUACAGUGCUUCAAUAAACAUGGGGGGGGAAAAAGGGAUCUCAUUUUAUUUGUUAAUCCAUAACUUCAAAAGCCGUUGAUCUGAAAUUAGAAAUCAAGGUCGACAAACACUGACAAAGUCACUGUCAGUGAAAUAAAUGGACUUGAAACGAAAGCAGUUGAACAGUUAUUUAUGUCUCAAAUAUAAAUUCCAUUCCUGUGGGGUUUUUUACUAUAACGCUGUACUACUUGAACUGCUGUAUUUGUAAAUAAUGUUUUUAAAUUGCAUUAAAGUGUAUUAACCGUCA